AUGCCUUUUAUGCAUUUUGCCGUUAUUACUGCGACCCUCUUUGGCGUCGUAGGUGUUUCAGCUGUUCCUCUCGAUGCCCCUGAGCUUGCCAUUCGUGCACCUGCAGCGGUGAUUACCAAGUGUACACAGUCCAGAACUGUUGCUCUCACGUUCGACGAUGGCCCUUAUGUCAACACUCGUAAAUUAGUAGAUUUGUUGGACAGCAAUGGCGCCAAGGGAACCUGGUUUGUUAACGGUAACAACUAUGGUUGUAUUUACGAUAGCAGUAACGCUGGUGCUGUUAAAUAUGUUUUCGAUAAAGGCCACCAAGUCGCUUCGCAUACAUGGGCCCAUGCUCACUUGGCUUCGCUGUCUGGGUCUGCUCUUAAGAGCGAAUUUACCAAAAUUAACACUGCGCUGAAGAAGAUCACAGGCGCAGAGCCUGCAUUUAUGCGACCCCCGUACGGUGAGUAUGAUGACGAAGUAAGGGAAGUUGCAGGAUCUCUUGGGCAAAAAGUGGUAAUUUGGGAUUUUGACUCGGGCGAUUCUGCUGGGAAAUCGGCUAGUCAGUCAAAGAAUGACUACAAGAACCUGGUGUCUAAGAACCCUAACAACGUCUUAACACUGAACCAUGAAACCUACGCGACCACAGUAAACGAUGUUAUUCCAUACGCUAUCCAGCAGUUCAAAGCUAAGGGCUACAAGAUGGUCACAGUGGCUCAAUGCCUAGGGCAGUCGCCGUACAAGUCUACUGGAAGCCCAUCUCCCCGCGAUGAGGCUACGCGUAAAUCUCUUGAACGAUCUACGGCUUUCUCUCCUCCCAACUGCUUCCACCGUACCGAGGCCAGGGCCGUAGCGAUGGCCGAAAUCAACAGCCCUAAUCGUCACUUGCUGGUCAACCAGACAUACGUACCAACUGAUAUGGAGUGGGAGUACGUAAAUGGGCCAGGAGUUAUGCUGGGCCCAUGGCUAUUAGGCGCGCUCUUAGAUUUUAUGUUUGCGGGUAUUCUGCUUCAACAAUUCUAUUUCUACCGUACUCAUUUCAAGAGGGAUCCUUGGUAUAUACAAACCAUCGUUUGGGCGACGAUGGUUUGUGCGACACUGAAAACAGUGCAAGCAUUUUUAAUUGUAUGGUUCAAAUUUGUUAUUACAUAUGGGGACUGGAGAGAAGCAGCCACUUGGCCUUGGCAAGAUUGGACUGAGCCAAUACUUGGAGCGACGCUUGGCGCCGUUGCGCAGUGCUAUUUCGCCAUCAGGUGUUAUCGACUUUCCGGUCGAAGACUUUCGCUUCUUCUGGGUUUAUUCUUCUUUAUGUUUAUCUCUUGGGGCUGCAGUUUCGGAGUUGGAUUAGAAAUAGGACUGAAAAACCCAUACCCUCAUGGUCGAAUACCCUAUGCUGUUGUUCCUAUGCUUGUUAGCACAGUUUUUGUCGACUCUGUUAUCACGAUCGUCACUCUUUUCUAUCUAGUUAAUUCUAAAAAGGGCUUCAAUCCACACACUGAUUCUGUCAUUCAUCGGCUGAUCGUGAUUACUUUUGAAGCAGCAUUACCUCCUGCAAUAUCAGCUAUAUGCGAUGUAAUCACGUCGGUAACGCAAACUGGAAACGUACAUGCAACAUUCAAUAUGCUAACACCACGGUUGUAUGCGUACUCACUUUUGUUCACACUUAACAUACGCGAAGCAACACGUGAAAUGGCAGCGUCCGGAAGUGACCAUGUUAGCGCCCCUGUUAGUGGAUCUGGAGAUGGCGCCCGUCGCAUAAAUGUUGUGGUUGGAGGGCGUCAUCAAUCGUGGUUCCCACAAAACCAGAAGAAGAGCCAGAUUCAUGUUGAGACGGAAACAAUUACUCACCAUCAUGAUGCUGAGGGACUCUCGGCGAACUGUAACAGAAACGUGCCGCUCUCACCUCAUUCUGAAGAUCCACGAGAAGGCCUCAAGCCCAAAGAGGAGGAAACGUCAAGCGUGUCAACGACUUGGGUCUCGAUGGCAAGGUAUAUGAGAUGGAUGAUUUGGCAUACGGCCGCGAUAAAUACGAAGCUCGCCGAAGGAAUGGAGGGUCUGAAGAACCAGCUCCGUGGCAAUGAUCACCUAUUGUUUAUUCUAAAUAUUGAUAUCCUUUAG